UCCAUACAACAUGGCGUGCGUGAAGUGAAACGUCUACCAAAACUUUAUUUGAGAAUUGAUUUCUCAUCCUGCGUACUGUUUUUACGUGAAAGAAAGCCGUCGAACAAAACAUGUCCCGCCACAGGAAUGUCCGAGGUUAUAACUACGACGAAGACUUUGAGGAUGAUGAUAUGUUCGGACAGUCCGUGGAGGAUGACUACUGCAUCUCUCCUGCCACUGCUGCACAGUUUAUCUACUCGCGCCAAGACUCAAGGCAAACACGACAGGUGGAGACGCUGGAGGAGGCAGAGUAUGAGGAAGAGGAGGAGAUGCCAACCUCUCCCACCAUCACACACACACUUGACCCAUUAGAGCAAGAUCGAUUGUAUUCCUGUUUGGAUCAGAUGAGAGCAGUACUGGGAGACUCCAUUCCAGAUUCCACACUGACUCGGGCAGCUCUGAAAUAUGAUUACAACCCUCACAGAGCCCUUGAUUUCAUCCUGACUGAGGAGAAUACUAAUGCACACACCCCUCCUGCCAGAACCAAUCCACAGCCUGAGCCAACCACUGCACCUGCACCGCAUAAAGCUAAAGAACAGGAUGCUCCAGAAAGUCGUGUUGAAGCAGAGGUUGUCCCAAAGGUUGCACGUAUGACUGUAUCAGGCAAGAAGCAGACCAUGGGCUUUGAUGUGCGAAGUGCGGAAGAAAAUGGCGUUGUUGCCACAUCAGUCCGCAGAGGGCCGAGUCCAGAGGUCCUCGCCACUCCAACCAUGGAGACCCCAUCCAAACCAGCAGUUGUGAGUGAAGACGGGACCGUCCCUACCCCACUCCGCUCUGCUGGAAAGAGCAAACAACAGCUCAACAUCCGUGCUGAACUAAAGAAGAGACAAGGAGGAAAACCGUUACUCAACCUGGUUGUCAUAGGUCAUGUAGAUGCUGGGAAGAGCACUCUCAUGGGUCAUGUGUUGUAUCUGCUGGGGAAUGUUAAUAAGAGAACCAUGCAUAAAUAUGAGCAGGAAGCCAAGAAAGCUGGCAAAGCCUCAUUUGCCUAUGCAUGGGUACUGGAUGAGACAGGAGAGGAGAGAGACAGAGGUGUGACCAUGGAUGUUGGUAUGACAAAGUUUGAGACUGACUCUACGGUUAUCACCCUGAUGGAUGCACCAGGACACAAGGACUUUAUUCCGAACAUGAUCACAGGGGCUGCACAGGCAGAUGUGGCUUUGUUAGUCGUAGAUGCCAGCCGCGGGGAAUUUGAGGCCGGGUUCGAGGCAGGUGGGCAGACUAGGGAGCAUGGCUUGCUAGUCCGAUCCCUUGGAGUCACGCAGCUUGCUGUCGCUGUCAACAAGAUGGACCAGGUGAACUGGCAACAGGAGAGGUUCCAGGAAAUUGUCUCCAAGCUUGGUCACUUUCUGAAGCAAACUGGUUUUAAGGAUUCAGAUGUGUUCUACAUCCCUACAAGUGGCCUGUCUGGAGAAAAUCUGACUACCAGGAGCAAAGUACCAGAUCUAACUGCAUGGUACACUGGGCCAUGCCUACUGGAGCAGAUGGAUGCAUUUAAACCUCCUCAGAGGUCAGUGGAAAAGCCGUUCAGACUCUGUGUGUCAGAUGUCUUCAAAGAUCAGGGCUCUGGGUUCUGUGUGACAGGGAAGAUCGAGGCUGGCUUUAUUCAGACAGGAGAUAAAGCACUGGUCAUGCCACCUAAUGAGACCUGCACUGUGAAAGGGAUCACCCUCCAUGAUGAAGCUUUAGACUGGGCAGCUGCUGGUGAUCAUGUCAGUCUGACAGUAACUGGCAUGGACAUCAUCAAAAUAAAUGUUGGAUGUAUGUUCUGUGAUCCCAAAGAGCCCAUCAGAGCGUGUACAAGGUUCCGAGCAAGAAUUCUCCUCUUUAAUAUAGAAGUUCCUGUUACGCAAGGCUUUCCCGUGCUGUUGCAUUAUCAAACAGUAAGUGAACCAGCAACUAUUAGGAAGUUAGUCAGUAUAUUACACAAGAGCAGUGGAGAAAUUCUCAAGAAGAAACCAAAGUGUUUGAGUAAAGGACAGAACGCAGUGGUGGAAAUUCAAACACAAAGGCCUGUGGCUCUGGAACUUUAUAAGGAUUAUAAAGAACUGGGUCGAUUCAUGCUCAGAUAUGUGGGAUCGACUAUUGCUGCUGGAGUCGUCACAGAGAUCAAAGAAUAAAAACAAGUCUGAACUGGAUCCGUCUGCACAUACUGGAGGAACAGAAGUGCAUUUCCCCCUUGGAGUGUACACAAAUGCAAAGUGCAUGCAGAUACACAAAGAUACCCAUUAGGCAACCAGACACUGAGGCUACAGUUAAUUUUACAGAAAACAUAAACCUUUUCAAAGGCUGAAUGUUGUGGUAUGAGUGAAUGUCUUGUGUUCAAGUUGCUCUUCAGCUUUCAAUAAACGAAUGAACUGUAUAUUAUCCCACAUUUCCCUCAACUUAAGCCCCCUUGAUAAUCCACUCACUAAUUAAUACCUGUACUUUAAUUCCAUCAAUUCAUUUAUACACCUCUGAUCAACAAACUGAACUCAUUUUUAUUUUAUUAUGUGACAUUUUAUUUAGAUAGUUGUAAAUGGCAAUAUUUCUAACUACAAUGUGGGAGUAAUAUGGAAUAUUUAGCCUUGGUUCAAGUCAAAAGUUUUAAAGAUUUAAAUAAGAAUUAAUUAGGGGUGUGUACAUUAGUGAAGGGGAAAAAGGACAAACUAAAAUGAGCAUACUGUAGCUGGCUGCCCUCAACUCGAUCUAUUUCUACGUCCUUUCAGCCAUUUCCUGGCUUAAUGACGAGAAAUCAUAAGCAUAUAUCAACUUGGGGAGUCAAGAUGACUAAUGGAGAAAGAGAUGUAGACUGGACAGGAAAGAAUUGAAUGACGCAUAAAACUCAUUCGGGUGUCUAUAAUCAAUCAUGAAUCACUUUAAGCAUUUGAAGGACAUCAUUGUGUCUGACUUGUCAGAUCUUGACAUUAAUAUUAAGGGGUUUAAAUUUAAAUGACUUUUUGUUUGGGUGUAUUGAGGCUGAAGUUGUUGGAUCUGUGUAAAGCUUCAUCAGAAAAAUAAAAAUCACUGUGGAAAACAUGAGUGUCUAUAAAUAAACACAAACAUCUCAUGUAUUUGUGUGCAUGUAUUUAAUUUUUAAUUAGUGUUAGGUAAAUUCUUAUAUGGACCACAAUUAAAAGCCUACUGAAGUUGUGGUACUCAGUUUUUUAAAUAAGUGAAUAUAAUAAAAUAAUAUUUAUUUGAUGUCUUUGCUUAACAUAAAGAUAUAGCAGCUAAUGAAUAAAAAAAAUUAAGUUUGCAAGUGUUGUACAACAAACUUGAGACAAUAUAAGCCCUUAUGCAACACUUCUUACUAUUGGAAACACUUUGAUUUCUCACGGUAUAGUGUAGCCCUGCCUCAGCAAUGUUCUUGACCAUUUUAAUUCAUGUACAAACAACUGUUCACUGAUCUAACAAGAACUUGAAUGCUUAAGUUUGUUAAAAGGAAAGACAUAUUAUUGUAUGAUAACACUACAAUAAGGUUCUGUUUGUUAAUAUCAGUUAAUGUAUUAUGUAUCAUGUACUAACACUGAACAAAAACAUACAGAAUUUAUUAAUCUUGGUUGAUUUCUAAAUAUGUUACUGUUCCAUGUUCAAGUUAGAUUCUAAUGCAUUUAUGUCAAUGUAUUAAACUUUUAAUGUUAAAAAUGUUUUACAUUUUGAAAUUAACAUUAACCAAGAUCAAUACAUGUACUGGAAUUCAUACUUUACUGGUGCAGAAUUGUUGUCCAAGAACACAUUGUAAAAGUGUGGAACUGCAAUUUUUCACUCCACUCUCUGAUAUUUAAUGACAUCAUCAAUAUAACUUAGAGUUUAAGAUUUUUAAGUAAUAAACUUGCAAAUAUAU